AUGACACAGAAACGAGUCUUUGAAUCCACACGCACACACACGCCCUCCACCCGUUAUGCACAAAAAGCGCGGCGGAGGGUCGAGGUCAACUCACCCUCAGCUCUUUCUGCUUGUCAAAAUGGUUAUCUAAAAACUCACCUCUGCUACGCUGUCGUGAAAACGUUUGACUGAAAACCUUUGCUGUGUUCCUCUGUUGCACUGACUCUUUUCGCAGUACGGGGGCACUGGAUCCGCAGGAGCGGAGAAAGAGGGAAAAAACAAAUGUUUUCCUUCUUUACCCUGUCGUGAAAACGUUUGACUAAAAACCUCCGCUGUAUUCUUCUGUUGCACAGACUCUUUUCACAGCGAAGAGCGAAGAAGGAGGAAAUUCGUCUGUGAAUCAACUUAGAGGAGAAAAAAGCGCUCUCCUGUACUGGCUGGCCUCUGCGGCUACAGCCGAAGACGAUCUCGACCUCGAGACCUCGAUCUCGAGAAAAAGGAGCGGACCGCGGCUGAGAGAGGACAACGAUGAAACGCACGGCGCGCGGACGGAGACGCAGGGGUCGAGGAUUCGUCUGCGAGUCGACAGAGAGGAGCAAGAAAAAGCGCUCUUCCCCGAGAGCUUCCUGCCUCUGCGGCUACAUCUCCCCGGAGAGCGUCCGGCCUCUGCGCGAUUAUUAAUAUGUGUGUGUGUGUGUGUGUGACCUGUGUGUGUGUUUCUACACUGCUUGUGUAUUGUUUUCUUUUUUGUUUGUUUGUUUGUUUGUUUGUUUUUUGUUUACAGUGCCCUCUGCACGACUGGCCAUCCUGCGAGGAACGGUCACGUCGUCUCUGAGCCGACGUGUCUGUUCUUCUCUUCCGCCGAGCCGGUUGCGUUUCACCUUGAACGGUUCAGUUUGGUAGGUGAGCGGCCGGUUUCGGGGGAACGAGAAGAACGAAUUCGUGGUUCUGAGACGACGCGUCCCCGCUCCUCAUAUUCAGCCUCUGACGCGCCGCGCGCCGACGGAAACCGGGGAUCGAGGGGUUCAUCUGCGAAUCGACGGAGAGGAGCGACACAAAGCCGUCUCCUCCCCCCCCCGAGAGACGACGGCCUCUGCGGCUACAGUCCAAGACCAUCCCGAGGAGGGGGGACCCUCCCCGUAGAAGUGGAAGGAGAUCAUAAAGAAGAAGAAGAAGAAGAUGAAGGAGAAGAAUGGGUAACAGAAGAAAGAGAGGAGCAAAUGGAAAGAGAGGUAGAAGAGGAAGGAGAGCAUAAAGAAGAAAAAGGAGAAGAAGAUGAAGAAGAAAUUGAGGAAGAAGAUGAAGGAGAAGAAGGGGUAACAGAAGAAAGAGAGGAGCAAAUGGAAAGAGAGGGGGGAGAAGAAGAAGAAGAAGAAGAAGAAGAACAAAGGGUAAUAGGAGGCGAGCGAGAGGAGCAAGCGAAAGAAGAUACAGAUGUGUUUUUUCUCUCAAAACACGACAAAAUCAUAUGGUCCUCCGUAGCGUACGAUAAACAAGAGCGGAGUAGAAAAGACAGGAGCGGUGAGGCUACGCCGCCGUCCCCGCACAUGCGGUCGUCGCGUUACCGCCGACGACCGGCCCACCCGGACCGACUGA